ACUUGGAAAAUGUAGGUAAUUCAUUAGACAAUUUGGCGUUAUUUCACGCGACAAGACGAACGAAUAUGUCAACGCCAAUGUUAUAUCGUUACCUGGUAGGUUUUGCUCUAGUAACAAAGUAAGACUGUGACCGCAUAGCAACUUGUUGAUUCAACGAGCAUUAUUGUUUACAUUUUGCGAGGCUAAGCUAGCUAGUGUGCUUGUUAAAGUGUAGUCGAGUAGGUUCAGAAAUUAAAGGUACACCGAUGAGUUUUUUGGGUGCUACAUUUUGCAAACAUUUGGGGUCAACAAGUACAUAAAUCCAGUCUAAUGUCUGAGUAUGAGAACAGUAAAACUGAAGAGGUGGCCAGGCUGAGGAGUCUGCUCAAACUGACAGAAGUGAGUUUGCACAGUUUGGGACAAAAACUGAGGUAAGAUAACUACAUGGUAUACCCACAGUCUAAACUAGCUGUUGAUUGAUACAGUUCCAAUGCUUUCGACCCCUCAUUCAUUUGUACCUAUAGGGGAGAGUGGGGUAAGAUGAGCCAUUUUUCAUAUUCCGGAUCACUACAUCAAGGCAAUCAUAGUUUUGUCUCUAACUAGUGUAUCUGCAUAUAUUUCAAGAUGUUGUGCAUCGCUGCAAACCAACAGCAUGAGUGUAAACAUAACUGUCUUGAUAAUAUAGCAUGCCAAAAAAUACUGGUCUCCUAUGGUCAACUUACCCUGUGUAUGGGGUAAGUUGACCAUGGUAGCGGGGUAAGUUGAGCCGUAUCCCUACUACCCCCCCCCCACUCUCCACCCCAGCCCUCCCUCACCUUCUCUCUCCCUAAAUAACAGCCACUUCUUCACAUUCAUGUGUAUUUUUAUCUGUUAUACACUAUUCAACUGGUACAAUAAUUCUUUUUGUUAUUGCAUAUAACUGAUAAAAAGCUGUUUUGUAAAAAGCAAUUAUAACAUGAGAAUGCCUUUAAGUGAUUCAGAACAUUCACAGCUGUAGUUUUGAAAAGAAAAAGUAACACAUUUCAACAAUCUGAACUAAAACUCUGAUCCUCUCAUCAGACUCCUUUACUUUCUCAGUUGAGCCACUGGCUCAAUUUACCCCAGAACUACUAUGAUGACUUUUAUGGUGGACUUUUAUGUUAGGUUUUUAACCUCAUGUUGUAGCUCAUAGAUACUAAAAUUGAUGUAUAAAACAAAUUUAAAAUGAUUGUUUUUGGUCUGAACACAAUUCUAAUAAAACUUAUGACAGACUAAAUUCCCUUUCAGGAGUAAAGGAUGUUUUUUGUAAAUAAAUGUCUAACCCCUUCACUCGUGCUUCUAACCUUCACAGACUCCAUGAAUUGAUGCCCAACUCCUAAAUAUUUGGUCACAUGACUAAUUUCUUUUACCAUUUCCAAGAAACAGGGGGUGGCUCAACUUACCCUUUGGCUCAACUUACCCCACUCUCCCCUAUCUUGUCUUCUGCAGUCAGACACCUGAUAAUCCCCUAUCCCAGUCAAGCUGUGAUAUCAGGAGAGACCUAGUGGGAUAUACGAGAGACGUGCUGUUGCUGGGAGUUUAAGCCCACCCAACUGCAACUCCGGGGUAAGAGAGAGAGUAGUUUUUUUCUCCAAUAACAUUAUUAGACAACCAGUCAGUUUGGCUUCACCUUUAGCUUCCUUUAACUGGCAGAAACCUUGAGCAGAACCAGAAUUUAUCUGCAGCGACUGCAUUGGUUUUAGGGAUGGGAUGGAAGUGAUGGAGGGAGAAUCGGAAAGAGAGAGGUGGAUGGAGAUGAGAUUGUUGCAUGUAGUUGAAGCAGCUGUAGAGCAGGCAGGUCCAUGACUGCAAAACAUCUGCAGCAGCGAACCAGAGUAACCUAUGACAUGAUGGAGCACAGGGACUCCCAGGAAAGACUGGAUAUUAGUGAUUCUAAAUUAACUUGAUGAUUCAAAGUUAGUGAUACAGAUAGGAAGAGGACGGAGAAGGAGGGAAAAGUGCUGAAUGUGCCAGAACCCCCAGCAGUCUACACCUAUGGCAGCAUAACUGAAUUUCCCCCAGGAUAAAUAAAAUAAUCUGUUCCUGAUAUCUAAGAGCUGACCCAAGUCUGAACCAGUUCUGUACACAUACCUCUCUGAGCUGUGAUAAGCAGGCCUGCAUAUUAGGACUGCAGGUUUCUGGGAGUGUGAUAAGGAAUUACAAGAUCUUUUAUAAAAAUAAUAAUUUGAGUUUAUAUAGCACCUUUCAAAGAACCCAAGAUCUUUAAGACACGAUGGGGCCUGACUGCUAAGAACUUUGUAGGACAAAAGUAGGACUUUAAAUUCUACCCUGAACUUAAUGGGAAGCCAGUGUAGAGAAGCUAACACAGGGGAGAUGUGCUCUCUUCUCCUGGUUCUGGUCAGUACUUGGGCUGCAGCAUUUUGGACCAGCAUUGUGGGUGUGACUCAUUUUUAAGCAAUUACCGCUGGGUGAUGAAUCGCUGAAAGACAAUGAAACAAUUAACCUUUUCCAUUCCUCUAACUUAACCGUAUAUAGAUAUGAAUUACUUAAUAUAUAUGGAGAACACAGCGCACAUCAUCUCAGUCUGAGAGUAAAUUAAUAAACCAAACACACAAAGCACAAUCAUAUUUUCACAUGAACACACAGUACAUUAAUGCAUAUUGCAUUUAUUACAAAGUUUUAAUGUUAAAAUAUAAUAUGUACAUAUCCUUUUUCAGUUUUAAAGUUUUGAUUUUUUUAGAUAGAUUACAUUUAGUUUUUGCAUAUUGUUCAGAUAUUUGAUCAUUUAUUUGUUACUUUGGCAGAAUUGUUCCAGGAACCUCAAUGCCAACAAGCAUUUAUAUUUUACUGUGAAAAUAAGGACAUUUUUUCUGCAAGAUGCAUGGUGAUAAACAGCAGAGGAAUAUCAAUAUUAAAGGGAUAAUAACAGAAUACAAUCCUAUAUGCUACCUCCCAUGAUCAGUCAGCCUUCAUCAAAAGGAUGGAGUCUCUUUCUCCGAGGAGGAAGACCAGCUGUAUGCGUCAGGAGAACGCCUGUUUAAGCCUACAGGAUGAGCAGCUUAUCAGUGACCUUGAUGCUGUCCAGUAUGACCUGACCUCCUUUAAGCCACAGGUAUUUCAAUUUUCCACACUACACCAAUGAUACUGGCAAAAGAGAUGUGUUUUCAUUCCAGAUGCCAAGUUACAAAAAGGAUUAAUAACCUAAAAAAGAUCUGUUAUGUAAGCAGGGGUUUUACUUAAAACAGAAUGCUCUGUGUGUUUUCUUUUUUAGAGUGGCCUCAGGGGCUCCAGGGUCGGGCUUAAAAACAAUUCAGCCAUCAUGAGUGAGCAAAUUCGUCAGCUUCAAGCUCAGCUGGAGGCUCAGGCAAAAGAUCUCAAGUAACUCCAUGACAUCAAUUUUUUUCUGCUUUGAUAUCACAAUUUUUGAAAUUAUUGUGUCAUCAUAAUUAUAUGCAUUCUUUUGUAAAGCAUUUAUAAAUAGGUUUGACAGUUAUUUAUUUAUAAGAUUUGUUGUUAUUGGUGUAAAGCGUACUCUCAACUCAGUUUAAUUUACAUGUCACCUGUUGUGUCUGUUUCCUAGGGCAGCACAGCUGAGGGCAGAGUGCAGUGAGGAGGCAGCAGCUCACAAUGACAUUGUGGUAACAAAUCUCAGCGAGGACCUUUCUGUGCUCCGAGAAGAACUGGACAACACGACAGCGCUGUGCAAACGGUGAUGAAUCUAUCAGAAUUUUGACAAUACGCACAGUUCACUCUAUUUUUUUCCCCGCAUCAACAGAUCUGCUAGUUUAGGUGACUGCAUGAAUUCUGUUUCAAAUUAAUUUUCUCUUCUGUUUGUCCACUAAGGCAUUUUCCAUAUUUCAUUUAUUUUUUACAACAUGAAAAAUUCACAAUUUAAAUACUUUUGUUUUACCUUAUCCCUUACAGAGCAGAGCUUCAAAGAAACCAAGCGCUACAAAAUGCAGAGAAACUCAAAGAAGCAUUCAAGGAGUAUAAGGCCACCAUUUCCAUCAAACUAAAGAUGGUACAUUGGAUUGUUUUUGGAAUAAUGUAAUAUUAAAAUGCAUCAGUGUUAAAUAUUAUUGACCUGCUAACAUAUGUGUCUUAUUGUGUUUUAAAGGUGAUGGAGAGUGAGUGCAAACUAAAAGAAAGUCUAAUUGAGUGUGACAGAGAAAAAGAGGAGUUGGAAAUGAAGUGCACUGUGUUCGGACGAGAAAAGCUUGAGCAAAACCAAACAAUUAGGUGUGCUUCUUUAGAUAGUUUUGGCGGUUUUCUAAUUGCUGAAAGUACAUUUCAUCAAAAGACUUUUGGAGACGUCUUUGAUUUGAUAGUUUACACGUUUUAAUCGCUUAUCCUCCCUCUCUUUUCCACGACCCAGCCGGCUAAAGGAGGAGGUGAGGCAGGCUGAAUCAGCAGCAGCGGGCCUCCAGGUUCAGCUGGAAGAGGCCAGACAAAAGGUCAUACAUCUAGAAAGGAGGCUAAAGGAGCAGGCGUCAGAGUGCAGGGAGCUGGCCUCACUGCGAAAGGAGCUCAAAGAGCUACGGGAUCUGACCCAGACUCAGGAGCAGAGGGUGGCCCAGAGCCACAGAGAGGCUCAGCAGAGCCAAACUGAGCUGGCCAGCCUGGAGGCAGCACUGCGCCUGCUGCACUUACGAGAGGUGAAGAGGAGUACAAACAGUCUAGUUUGGGCUCCGCAUGAUUUUUUUGAUAUCUCGCUGUGGUAGACCUGGGGGCUGUUACAUAAAGAGUGUGUUUGUUUCCCUUAAACUGAGUUUGAUCUUACAUAUUUGUUAAAAAACAAGCCACAGCCCUUAUCAGUGAUCUUGUGCAGGGUGUUAUGUGUUUGCUGACGACUUGUGUUAUAUAAUUCCAGGCUGCUGGGGGGCCAUUGUGCAUCAGGCCUUGCAUGUUGCCUCAAGUGGACUAUUCAGGAACCGCACACCUGCUGAAUCUAAAGCCAGGUAUGCUGACACCUUAUGUCUACCUCAUCAUAUUUUGAGUUAUUUAGGACUCUAAAUCCACAUCUGUGCUUUUAUUGUUUGUCAUUAUAACUCAGGUCCUUUUGUGUCAGAAAUCUAAAGGUUCUGUCACUCGCUUUGUCCCUGCCAGACUCUCCUUUUCUGACCAUAUUUAUGUUUUUAAGGAUUAAAACCUCUUCUAAAUUACAGAAAUUGAGUUUAAUUAGAGAGCCACUCCCUCAGGAUCUUUUUUGCUCUUAGAGUUUGCCUACAUUUACCCUUAUCAGACAGUUAGUUUUGAAUCUGCCCUUUAAAGACCUUCUUCUUAUCUACAAAUAAGAUCUUUGCAACAUAGUAGUUAAGUUAAUAAUAAAAAAAUAUUCAAUCAAAUUACAGAAACAUUUGCACAGAAACCUUAUACUUCAAUCCUAUGAUUCUGUCCCUGUCAUAUAACCCACUCAGGUGAAGGUUACCAGCAGCUUUUGCAAGUGCUGCAGUCAUUUGAAUCUGACCGAAUCAAACAGAGCAGCCUAGCCGAGCGGCUUCAGGAGCGUCUGAGCAGAGCCCAGGAGGAGAUCUCCACCCUGCAGAGCUCCAUGGCCCAGAGAGCCUCGCACUACCAGAGCCUUCACACUGAGCUGCUGGACAAAGUUAGCCAAGCCACAGACACAGAGAAAGAGGUGAUAUUCUGAUCUUACCAUGAUCAUACUCAACUCUUUUUUUUAAAUUUUUUUUUAAUGAAAUUUCUUUAUUUUUCCAAUUCAGAAGCAUCCAAAGUUUUGACUUAAAGAUCAAUAUGUCUUCUGUGUCCUAUACUUUCUUGAUAUCAUAUGAUAUGUAUCAAUGUUAAAAUGAUGCUUGGUAUUGAUGCUCAGAUCUCAAAGAUGCUGAUGUUGACAUUGAAUUUACAUCAAGUUUUCUGUGCAGUGUGAGUUGUAUUUAUCGAGUUGCAAGGCUGAUGAUUGUGUUGCCUAAACGAUUGCCCUUACAAACUGUUUUUUUAUCUGCUUCUCUUUAGUUAAAGCGAAAAAGUGCCCGUGCAGCUGCGCUGGAGAAACAGUUACAGGAAAAAACCUCGGCUUAUAGUCAGGCUGCGCUGACCAACACUGAGCUGGAGAAACAGCUUCUGGUAGAACACACACAUCCUCAUUUUGUCUAUGUGUUUUCUUACUUGUUACUUGUUAUACAAAAAAAAAAUAUGUAUAUAUAUUCUAAAGACCUUUUUAUUUUACUUGUGCUUUUUCUGAUCACAGGAGAAAACCAGCACCCUCCAGCAUUACCAGUCCCUGAUGACCAAAAAGCAAAGAGAGUACCAGCAGUCUUUGGAGAAGUGUAAAAACUCUCACACUCAGCAGAUCAACGAGCAGCAGCACAGCAUAGAAAUGGUCAUCCUUUGUCUCACUGUGAUCUCUUCAGUGAAAUUGUUGCUUUUGUUAUAUUUCACUAAAUAUAUAUAUAUAUUCUAAAGACCUUUUUAUUUUACUUAUGCUUUUUCUGAUCACAGGAGAAAACCAGCACCCUCCAGCAUUAUCUCUUGAUCUGCCUUCCAGCAGUAUCUGCCCUCAAAAGGGAGAUCUUUUAGAGUAUCAUGGACAGGAAGUGUCCAAACCAUAUUGCCUAUCAACAGAGGUUCCUCAAGGUUCAGUGCUUGGUCCCCAGCUUUUCUUAUUGAAUACAAUCUCACUCAGUGCAAUAAUCCACUCUCAUGGAUUCUCCUUUCACCUCUAUUCCCACAAAGUCUUCUCAGAAUCUGGGUGUCGUAGUAGAUGACCAACUAACCUUUAAGGUUCACGUCACCUCGGUUGCUCUUUCCUGCUGAUUUGCUUCUUAUAACAUCAGGAGCAUCAGACCCUACCUGACAGAGCACACAAUACAACUUCUAGUACAGGCUCUUGUAAUGUCACGCAUUGACUGCUGUAACUCCUUACUGGCAGGAGUCAAACUUUUGCUGAUGGUCUAAAAUACAGCAGCCCGUCUGGUUCUUUACCAGCCCAAAACAGCUCAUGUCGCUCAUCAAAUAUAAAGCCCUACUUCUUGCCUAUAAUACUGCAGCUAAAUCAGCUCCUACUUACCUGCAGUCCAUUGUACAGGUCUACACUCCUUCCUGCCUCUUAGGCUCUGCAAAUGAAGGCCAUAAGUCACCAGCCAGACUUUUCUCCUCUGUUGUCCCCUACCUUUAAGAAAAGCUCAAGACUCAGCUCUUUGGAGAAGACAUAUGCACUGAACCUCAGCUCUAAUCCACUGUUGUCCCCAGCAGUAAAUUGACUGAAACCAAUGUCCCUUUCUACUGACAGCACUGUUCCCAGUUGCACUUGUAGCAGUUUUGGGCUCUUGCUGAUGUUUCAUUCCAUCUCGAUCCAUGCUUGUGUUGUAUUUGCGCUCAAAUGUAUGUCGCUUUGGGCAAAAGUGUCUGCUAAAUGACAUUAUAGCAUUGUAACAUGUUCAGACUCUGUUUAAUAUGCGUCCUUUUUCAGGUCCGUAGUGGUUUGGGUUUCACACUGUCCUUCAGUAAGUAAACGUAUUUUCUCCCCACAGUUGCAGUUGUCUUUGGAGGAGGCUCAGUCUCGAGUUUUAGAGAUGGAGCAAGAGCUGAGCUCUCUCCACAGGGAGCGAGACGAUGCUCAGAGAGCAGCUCUUCUGCUACAGAGCUCUUUAGACCAACUCACACAGGUCAGCACAAGUCUUACUAAAUGUAAGACCCUAAUAGGGUCAGAUGAAAAAUUAGUCUCCAGUUUUAGGCAAAACAUCCAUAAUUUAACCUGUGUACAUCCUAACGGUUUUGAUUUUCAUUUUAAACAGCAGAAGCAGGUUGAAGAAAGACUCAGUGAGGAGUUGCUGCAGAGUUUCAAAGAGCAGGCGACUCAGUCUGCUGCAGAGGUUUGUGCAAAGACAUGAUCAUCUAAAAACACCAAUAACUGAGUGCAGAAAUCUGAGAUCUGUUUGUACAUCAGGUAUGUGAACUGCAGUCAUCUCUGUCAGCAUGCAAAGAGGAGCUAUGCUUACACCUGCAGCAGAUGGAGGAGGUGAAGACAAACUAUGAGACUCAGCUGCAGGAGAAAAAGGAGAAGGUACAAGACAUUCAGUCUCAGCUUAAUGGAGAAUAUGUAAGAAGCACUUUCUUUGGUCUUACUCUGCGAUCUCUGGCUGAUGUUCUCUUCUGUCCCUCCUCUUUAGGUGUUCUCCUUGCAGCAGAAGCUCCACAGCGCCAGUCUGGUGUGUCAGAGCUCCAGUGAACAGAACGUACAGCUCCAGCUUUCCCUACAGCAGCAGCAGACCAUGUUGACAGAGAGCACGGCUCACAUCUCUGAGCUGGAGGAGAGUCAGAGUCAGCUGCAGACUCAGGUAGGCAUGUUCGUGUACAUUUGAAUUCAUGCAUAACAUCACGGAGUGGUUUUGAGUUAUCUAUAAGGCUUAGAGGCACAAAGUGAAAUGUGGGGUGUAAAUUUGAACUAUAAUGUCAUGAAGCAGCUCACAGGCUGUGCCACUGAAAGAAAUCAAAAACUAACUAAGCCAAUGAAACAUACAGCAACGCACAUUGAAAAAUCAUACAUACGGGUAUCUUUGCUCUGUAUCCCCACUUUGAUUGUGCAAAUAACUUGUAUUUCUCUAUGUUUUACACAUUAACAAGGAGGAUACACCAUAUAGUGUCGAUACAAACUGGUUUUAAAAAGUCUUCUCAAUCUCAGUUCAUAAGUUUCCACAAACAAAUUGCUUCACAGUGAAAUUUCAGCCUUGAAGCAUUUUUUGUUAUUCCAUUUGGUCACAAAGAGUUUCAUGUUGAGCAGCCAAGGGGCAAUCCCCCUUUUAUUUUAUAACACAACUUCUGUGUUAAAGCAAAUCUGCUAUAAGAAUUGAUUGAUCAAAUGAAUGCGUUCAGUGUCAGCUGCUCUCAGCAAAAGGGUGAGCCAGAUGAGUGCAAAAGUGUUAAGUGUGGCAGUUUUUUAGCAGACAGACAUGCAAACUAACGCCGUUGCACUGCAUAUAUCACAAACGUGUGCUAAAUCUGCUCCAUUUCCUCCUUUUGAAGCUUGUGAUUCCAUUUAUAGUUCAGCACAUUUGAUCAGGCAGCACGCUCUGUCCUCAAUCAGCACAAUGAACACCAUUCAGUCGGUAAAGCUGAGCAUGAACAUCUUUAUCAUUUGGAAUUAAAGUUCUCAGCUUCACAGAACUGGCGUUCUUUUAACCUGGCUAGAUCUCCUUGACACUAAUUUACUCUGCACUUGUAUCCUUGUUGGGACCAGGUUAUGCCCAGAGUUUUGGAUUUUAUCCACCCUCAAAGAGUCAACCUUAUGCUUCGUCUUUUCUGAGUAAUAUCUCUUUUUGGGGACUUCUCUUGUAGCACUUCCUUCACAGAGUGCUGCCAUUGUGCCAGUCAGACCAGCGAUUCAGAAAUGAGACUGGACGCAGAGUUUAGAGACCCUGUCUAUAAAUGAAUUAUUUGGUACACAAAUAGUCAGUAUGAUACAUCAGUCAUUAUAAGAUGUCCAUCAAUGGUUUCCAGUCAGCGUGAUCUGCCCCGCUUAUUCUGUCCUGGUUUCAAGUAUACCAGUGAAGGUGGCUGUAACAGAAAUCACUGCAUCAGGAUAUCAAAGUGCUGUUCAGCUCCUAAAGAUUCAGCCAAGGCAGGAGGCCGGCAUUCAAACAUGUGGUUGAACUAGGAUAUAAGCUUUUUUAAGCCAGCAUGAGCAGAGAGAGCCUAAGUAAGCUGAACUUGCUUCGUAGUAAAGUCUGUGCUUCAAGACAACUUUGCUCUAAAAAUGUUUGGAUAUCCGGUCAUGGGUUUUCCUGCUUUACCUGCAUGUCUGUCUGUUUUUUUUUGUGUCCCACUGAUGUUGUGUCUGUCUGCAGGUGUCCAGCCUGGAGCAGCAGCUGGAACGAGCCCGUGCUGCUCUGCAGGAUGAGGUCAGGAUCAGACAGCUGAACGUGGAGGAGAAAGACCAAGAGCUGGGGGAGAUGAAGCAGCAGUUCACAAAACUCUCUGAAUCUGUCAGGUAGGGACACCAUUGUGCUUACCUGAAUCAUAGAAGCUUUUUUAAUAUGAAGUAAUUGAAAAUGUUACAUUUUUUAUUAUAUGACUUUUGGUCAGUGUUAUAUAACGUCAUCAUUUAUCCCUGCAGCCACUGAAAGCAGUUUGUUUGGGGCUUUUGUUUGAGACUGUUUUCCAAAAGAACAUCUUUGCAAGUUUUUUUCUUCCUGACCUGCAGCAAACAGUGGGACAGCCUCAUGAUUACACCACAGCCAGUAUGUCUGCAGGCACCAAAAAAGCCCUGCCCACACAUGUUUGAUCCCCAAACAAGUGUAUAUAUAAAUGAGGACCUUGGCUGAGUCAGAGAUCUAACUGAAGCCUGAACACAUCAAGUUUAUUUCAUUCACUCUGGAGCUGCUGCUGGUUAGUUUCUGGGAUCUUUAAAAGCUCCAACAUGUUUAUUUUUUAAGUGUGCCAUAGAAAGGCACAUGUGCGUACUGUAGUUUAGCAACUCUAAACGUGCUGGAGGGAUUUAAUUCUCCUUAAAUCCGCAAUGGGGGCCAUGCUCACAUUAAGGUGAGAAAAUGUACAUCUUGAAUGCAAUGCCUACUUUUUUUGUUGCUGCACAGUUUCUAAAAAAAACCCAAUUUGUUUGGUAAUUUAGUUUAAUCUGGACUUUAAGAUGACAGAAUUAAUGAUGUUUGUUAUCUUCUCUGUGUGUGACCUUUAGCCACCUGACCUCGGAGAUGAAGGAGUGUCGAGGGGAGCUGGAUUCUAAGGAGUCAGAACUGAAACGUUUGAGGAGGGACGUGGCCAUCAAGACAUCUCACAUCAGCUGCAUAGAGGAAACCCUGAAAAACAUGACCAACCAGCUGGAGAAAAAGAGUGAAAUCGGUACGCUAUAGUUUCACGUGCAGUCACAUCACUCAUUUUUGAUUCUUUAUACUUUUCUGGCCUGUCCUAAACUUUUCUCACCUUUUCCAUCUCACUUCUUACAGUGAUGGAUCUAGAAGACGAGCUCCAUCGCUGUGAGGCCGACAGGCUCAACAGCAUACAGCAAGUCCAGCUCCUAGGGGUACAGCUUCAGGAUGUGCAGAAAGAGCUGACCGACACUCUGGAGCAGCUCCAGACACUCAGGGAUGUUUUGCAGAGAACCCAAACCACCGCAGACGAGCGGCAAGAGACGGUGGAAAAAUUGACUUUUCAGCUUAGGUGAGGAAAUAUCCUUCUGCACGCAGGAGCGGGCCUCGGUCUGAGAUCAUGUGAUGUUGUUCUGGCUUUGUGGGACUCAUCUCUGUUUAACAUAUUAUCCACAUUUGUAUUAAAAGCACACAAACAGUCACACAGACACAACUAUCAAUCCUGCUAAAGGUGUCUUGUUUGUAUGAUUUACAAUGUGACUUUUCAGAUACUGUGAUUGUACUGUGUUUGUUUUUAUUGAGAAAUCCCCUAAGUGACUAAUGUACACGUACUUCUCUGUUUUUGAGAUGUAACUUUUGUUUAGAAAGCAUCGCUGACACUGAACAAACUGUGAAACACUGUGUGCAGAAACUGUACAUCAAGCACUCAACUGAACACAUUGGUUUAAUGAUUUUCUUUUUCCAAGAAGAAAACACUAAAAUGCUUUAUACUUUAUUGAUUAGUCACACCGUCUGUUCCUUCAAUAGCUUCUCUGGUGUCUUUCAGAUCAGAAUGUUUCCACUCAGUAGUCGGAACAAGCAGAUGACUGAUAUAAAAAUCUCCUUUGAUAAAAAAAGAGUAUUGAUUUUUUUCACAGCUCUAAGCUACAUUCACAAGCCUCGUUCCACAUAAUAAGCCAUUGAAAUUUGAUAAUGUAAAUAAUUAAACCAAAGGUCAGUCUAAAAACGACUAUCAACCCCUUAGAAAGUCCUCAAAUCCUGAUUCUUGUAUUUAGCAAGUGUCACAAAGUUCAAAUACUCUGUCUCCAAGUCCCAGUUCCACGUGUCAUUUAGUAACAGUGUUUUUAAGUGCUAAUAUAAAAGCUUUUUAAUAAACUACCCAGUAAAUGUGUUUGUGGCUUCACAGUGAGACCCAGAGGGAGUUGGAGGAGAGAACUCAUGAGGUCUUAGACAUGGACAGUGCACUGAAGGAAAGACAGGGGGAGCUCCAACAGCGAGCACAACUGGUACAAAACACACAAAUACCAGUGUCUUUAAUUUCAUUCAAAGGUUGAAUUGCAUCCAUAUUUCUUUGUCCUUCAACCCCCUCUUCCUGUCACCCUCAGCUGGCCCAGCUGGAAGUGGCCAUCAGAGACCACAAACAGGAGAUGGAGAGGAAGGUGGAGUCAAUGCAGCAGAGCCUGGAGGCAAAAGAGCAAGAGCUGAGAGACACAGAGAAGGAGCUCACAGACAGAAACAUGAAGGUCAGGAGCUGCCUGAGCUCAAGUGAAAAAAAACCCAUAAAUAAAUAGAGUGAAUAUGUAAAACCAUGGUGAAGACCAUUGCACAGCAGGAUGUUACACCAACAAGCAGUACAUGGCUCCAGGUGUUGAGUCAUUUCUAAAAGAUCAGGCUUUUAGGUUUGUGCACUGUUCAAACCUGAACCCUGACAAUACAGAACACUUGUACAGUCCUCAAAGAUCAUUUUUCUGACUUUGACCCCUCCUCGUUUUACCAAAUAUGUGAAAUAUUCAGAUAUUAUCUCCCUCUCUCUUUGGCAGAAGAUACAUUUCUUUCACACUGGACCUACAGUAUAUCAAGGGCAUCUAACCUUACUAUUCCAGCAGCAGUGCUCAGGGUUACAUGGCUAAAUAGUUUUGCUCAGAUCUUUUUCCAAUCUUAGCUUCAAUUCAACAUGUUUAUUAAAAAAAAAAAAACAGUAACAUUAGUUGUGUUUCGAAUUUACCGAGUGUAGUAUGAGAAGUUUAUCGCAUCAUUGAAUGAAUUUGGGCACUUGUCUGAUUGAUCGAAGCUUUGUCACAAUACACAAAUGAUCACCCCUUUGGAUCUGUGUGUGUGUGUGUGUGUGUGUGUGUGUGUGUGUGUGUGUGUGUGUGUGUGUGUGUGUGUGUGUGUGUGUGUGUGUGUUAGACGUCUCAGGAGCUCACCCAACGGCUGGGAGCAUAUCAGCAGAAACUUGAAACUGUACUGCAGGAGCUUGAAGAGACGAAACAUCAUUGCGAGGCUUUGAGCAGAGAGCUGGACGCCACCAAGCUGCAGCACAAAGAGAAGGUAAGAGCAUGAAAGCACACUUUAGUAUCAUUUAUUAUCUUUGUUAUACAAUCGUUGUACUUAAAUGUAGUCUGCCAGCUUACUAACAAAAAUACAUAUAACUGUCUUCAAGUGUCAAAGUUCGGUCUAUUUAAAACAAUCAACUAUCUCAAGACAAAGUGAUCUUAUUCUCAGAAGUAUGAGGAAUAGAUCAGCAGCAGAAAAAUGAUGAUGAACAAAUAAACAACUGAAUAACUUAUUUAAGAUCUUUUCUUGUUGUACAUCUUUGUAUGUCUUUAACAUUCCCUCAUUGUGUUUUUUAUACAUCCGCAGGAGAGCCGGCUGAGAAGCGUGGAGGAGGAGCUGGUUCUGAAGGAGGCUGGCUGGCUGCAGCUGGAGGCCGGGCUGCAAAGCACCAUCAGUUCUUUAGAGCAAGAGCUGGAGCUGGAGAGAGAGCAGCACAGCAAAGAGGUACUGUAGUUCUGAGGCUGCACAUCCAAACUGUGACAACAAAACAAGAUGAAAUAUGAUGUGAAUUCUUGAUAGAAAUGGGACCAACGAUCAAAGGUUAUUUUGAAUAUUGUACAAAGUCACCGUUUAGUUGAUGGACCCUUAAUCGUGUUCUUCUUUUGGUUCAAGUCUGGCUUGAGGCUGUUCAGACUGUUGUCACGAUCAUUGGCCCUAUCUUGUGAAAAAGAGUGAUCUUUCAGGGGUUUUGGUUUCCAGUCGACGCCUGUCUGAUUUCUUUUCCUCUUUUUCUCACACCAAUAACAAUUGAUCAGUUCCUUCUUUCUCCCACUUUGGGUUUCUCUUCUUUUUACUUCAUCUCUCCCACAGACAGAUGAUGAAAUCUUGAUUCCUGCUCACACUCGUGACAGAGGUAUUUGUUAUUUGUUUCCCUCCCUCUGUGGACAGCUUCUGUGGGCCCCACUUACCUUUCAGAGAAGCAUAUCAGGCUCCAUAUCAGCAUUAAAGAAAAUGCUCUGGUUUCAUCCUGUUUUUGUUCCUCUCCGCUCCACUAGCUGGAUUCAGUACAGAAGACCCGAGGCCAGCUCCUCAAAGUCUCAGAGCAGAUCUCCUCCACCAUGCGCUCAUCCCAGGAACAGCUCAACACUAAACUUCAGCAGAGCCAGAACCAGCUCGAGCGGGCCGAGGCGGAGCGUGCACAAACAGGAAUCCUGUUGGACCAAACAAAGACUGAGCUGGGUCAAACCCUGAGCCAGCUCACUCGGCUACAGGCUCAGAGAGACCUGAUCCAGACCGAGCUCCUGCAGAGUAAAACCCAACUGGAGGAAACCAGAAUACUGUACGAGCAGACCAGAGCCCAGAACAGUCACCUCCAUGUGCAGAUAGAGCAGCUUGGUGCUCAGUUAAAUCAGGCCAGAGUCCAGACAGCACAGCUCCAGAGCCAGCUUCAGGCCUCUGAGAAGAACAUGGAGACCUCCAGCGAGUCUCUGCUGAUAAAGGUACUCUCAGUAAAAUGUUGAUUUCGUCAGUGUAUUUGUCAAGAUUCACAGAUAUUCAUCACACAACAUCAUUGACUGGAGGAUGGGGGCUGAGGCGGGCUCAUGAAAUCUUACUGUACUCUGUUUUAAGUCAUUAUUAUUAUUAUUAUUAUUAUUAUUAUUAUUAUUAUUAUUAUUAUUAUUAUUAUUAUUAUUAUUAUUAUUAUUAUUAUUAUUAUUAUUAUAACCAUUUAAAUUGUUCUUUAGUAUCUAGAAUUGAGAAAUGUCUCUCAGAAAGUAUUUGAAUCUUCUCUUUCUGACCCCUUUAUUCAGUGGUUUUCUGCCACAUAUUGAUUCUGCUGAAGAGGAGGCUCAUUGUUAGUAAAAAAAACUGUGGAGCAGUAACAUUGCUCAGUUGUCCAGCUACUUUAUUUGAUUGUUUUGAUCCAAAAUGCCUGAUUUCAUGGCAGAUUAUUUUUUAUUGCGAUGCAAAUUGUACAAUUUUUAGACUUUUUUGAGUUGAAGUUACAUGUCAACCACAAACCCCUUGAGCCAUAGUUAAAGAAAAGUUAUUUAUUGGCUUAGAGAACACUUUUUUAGUGGUUGAUUGUGUCAGUACGCCAAACAAGAGUUGAAAUAUUUGAAUGAAGCGAAAAGACCUGAGCAUGAAUGUUUGAUCUCUAAGUGUGUACACCCACGAACAGUGAGUAAAAUUUGUUUGGAAGGCUUCUAUUGAAUCAAACUUUGUAUUUUUGUCUCCCUGCAGGAGUCCGAGGUGACCCGUCUCCAGGCCAGGAUCUCCAGCAUGGAGCGGGCAGCUGACCGCCAAAAUCUGUACAACCACAGUCUCUCUCUUCCUGCUCUGCACUCCUCUGAGAUCCCCUCCUCUCCUCAACCCCGUUUGUCUUCACCCAGAAAGUCUCAGACAACUCCUCUUACUCCCACCACUCCUCUCCCAACUCACCUUUACUCCCCAACACACCGUGGACCUUGCUUAUCGCCUCCCCCUCACACACACUUUCAGCCCUCCUCAGCCCCUUUUAUAUCAAACCAAACCUGUGAUUGGCUGCAGAGCGGCAGCGCCGACUCCUCUUUGGGUCUCCCUCUGAGCCUGAAGGCCACACUGAGAGAGGCUUUGAACAAGCAGCCAUGGGAUUCCACCUCCUCCUCCUCUGUCUCCUCUUUCACUCCAGACACUGUGGACCGUAGCUGGCAGGGUCUGAACACCACUGAGGCCACGGCAACCUCUGACCUCUCCUUCAACCCGCUCACGUACAUGCUGGAUGGGCAGGAGGGAGAGGAGAACCACAUGAGCGAGUCGAGGAGGGAGUCUGUGAGCACUCUGGUGGCAGAGGACCAGGGGAUGGACAGUACGCUGACCGGGAUGUUGAGGUUUGUUCAUCAGACGUUGGCAAUGCAGGAGAACCCAUCCUUACGGAGCUCCACAGUCAUUUCAGAGGAUGGAUGCAGCUUCAUACUCCAGGUAACAGCUGUUACAUCUGUGCAAAGAUUAGUUAACCUGUCAACAGAAACUCAAGGCAGCUGUACAGAACUUUAAUUUUGAGUGAGUUUGCAGGCCUUGGUUGGAAAAAGCAUUCAGUCCUCUGCAUUUUUCCCAUUAUUUCUAUAGGUGCACGAGCAGUAUUUUCCAAAAAGAGCUUGACCUUCUUUAUUUGACUGAGAUGAUUUACUCUCUGUUAGAUUUAUGACAUGAAUACGGAAACAAAGGCUACUUUAGUCUGCACAAAUAGUUCACCUAGAAUCUGACAAGGUGGCAAAAAAAAAUAAAGUUUUCCUUAGCCUGGUUUGGCAUCAUAAUUUGCAUUUGUUUAUCUCAUCAUCAUCAUCAUCAUCUUGUACAAAAGUUCAUACAGUAGAUUUUAUCUAAAACUAUUUGACAAUGGAUCGAUCAAUCACUGUAAACAGGAAUGCCUUACAUGUCUUAGUCCUGGCCAUAGACCUAUUAAAAACAUGGAUGUAUACCAGCUGUUCCAAAAGGGAAGCCAAAACUGUAGAGCUCCCCCUGGUGAUAGGCUGCAGUGUAGGUGAUAAAGCCAAUCUACUCUUGUAUAACAGAUGGAACAUCAGUCAAACCCAAAAAUUAAAAUAUAAAAGUAAAAUAUUUUCUCUUCAAGCAUGCUGUUUGACCUGCUUUCUUUGACUGAGAUGAUUUACUCUCCGUUAGAUUUAUGACAUGAAUACGGAAACAAAGGCUACUUUAGUCUGCACAAAUAGUUCACUUAGAAUCCAUGCGAAUUAAAAAGAAAAACAAUAACAACAACGAUGGUGGACAGACAGGGUAUUCUUUACGUUUGUUUUGCCCUUUUGGGGCUAAUUUCAGCCUUGCAAGUGAACCUUGUUUUAUACAAUUACAUCCACCAGUCAGCCAGCUCACAGAUGCGUCUGCUGCGGCCAAUACUUUUAUUGGUCACAUGGUCCGUCACAUGGAUCCGACGCACUAGCGUAGCUUCCGCAAACAAUGCAUGAUGCAUCACGUUGUUACGAUUCAUCGGCCAAUCAGGUAGCUUUGUUGCUGAACUUUUUUUAAGCGGCACCAGAUAGGAUAGGGUUUGAAGGCUAAGUGUGGACGCAGAUAUUUUUGAGAACUAACACGUGUGUUUGACAAAGCAGUAAGUUUUUUACUGGUAUAUCCUGAUAAAUAAAUAUCUAUAUACGUGUAGUUCGGGCCUUAGUUUACUUAUGUUGAAAAGAGGGGAUAUGAUGUUCUGAUUGACAGCUCUGUGGACAAAUACAACUCCUAGAAGAGAGGAAGAGAAAACAUAAAUAACAUGAACAAAAGAGUCAAUGAAGUUUCUAUAAUCAUGGAAAUCUACCUCAGAUCAACACAAGAAUACUUGUAAUCUUUGGAUUCUGGUGCUUUUGGUUUUUCUUCCCAGCAAACAAAAACAAAACAGGAAAGAAAUCCUUGUUGAUGUUCAGAAUUGUCUUCCAACUGAACUCCACCAAAGUCAAACAAAUUUUAAACUGACUUCAAACUUUGGCAAUAUGUUUUGUUGUUUUUGUUCUGUUUGUCAGAAGCAGUUUGAUUAAACAUAUGUGAAGAUCAUAGCUAUAGAGGAUUCCUGCACACGCACUCAUUACCUCACCACAUUUGAACUUCUUGAUACUCCAGCAGCUUAUAAAGUUAUAAAGUUAUAAAGUAUAAAGCGGUUGUAUUUCCUCAAAGUCACUACCAUCAAAAUAAAAAUCUAUAAACUCAUGUAUAGAUUGUGACGGUUCAGAGUUUCUUAUCACAUUUAAAUGCUGCUGUUUUUUCCCCCUUUUUUUCAGAGAGACACCAAAGACACAUAAGAUGACGCCAAGUACUCUUCAAAAAGGAGAAGUGUCAUCACUGCGGGUUCAAGUGCAUGUUUCUAAUCCUGUGCUCUUGGACAUUCCUCAUUACUCUGUCCCUUUGGUUUGUAUUAAUGAAAGAAGGAUGUAUUUCUCUCAUUCUCAUAGAUGAUCAGAGACUUGGUCAGAUACUUUGAAAUUAUUUACUGUGAGUUGUUUCAUGCUGUAUAAAUGUAGCAUUUCAUGUUGUAUUUAUAUUUUUACACAAGUUUAAAUAAGCUAAGUGAAUAAAAUGUUCUAUCCAUA